AUGGCUGCAACCAACGGCCUCGGUGCAGAGUCGGACAAGAGUGUCCCUCGUCUGUUGACCACGGUAGUGGAUGAAAUCGCUGCUUCUGAGCCCUCUCGCCCGUUCCAGUUCCAGCCCAAGUCGCGCAAAGCCGAAGACGGCUGGAUCCCAGUAACCUUUGCCGAACUCGCCAAUGCUGUCAACCACGUGGCUCACAUCGUCGCCGAGACGGUCAAGAAGGACAGCACCGACGACUUCCCGACGCUUGCCUACGUUGGGCCCAACGACGUUGGCUACGGCGUCGUGGUCCUGGCCACCAUCAAGGCCGGCUGCAAGGCACUGUUGGUCUCUCCACGAAACAGCAUCGAGGGGCAGCUGUCUUUACUCGAGAGGACCAACUGCAACAACGUGUGGUACGCCGAGUCGUUUCACCUCACCGUCCGGACCUGGCUCUGCGAGCGCAGGAUGAAGUCGUGGGCCGUUCCGCCCCUGAAAGAGUGGCUGCAGGCACCGCCGGCAUCGCCGUUUCCGUAUGCCAAGACCUUUGAAGAAGCCCGCUGGGACCCAUUGGUUGUCCUGCACACGAGCGGCUCUACCGGGCUUCCCAAGCCCGUUGUUUUGAAGCAGGGCGGCUUUGCCGUCGUGGACAUGUUCAGAGCCCUGCCGGAGUACAUGGGUUCCGACUUUGUCUGGAAAUUCUGGAAAUCUCACGCAACUCGCAUCUUCGUACCCAUGCCAGCGUUUCAUGCGGCCGGGCUACUCGCCGGCAUGUUGAGCUUGGGGAUUUACUACGGGUUGCCUGCCGCUCUGCCGCUGCCAGACCAGCCUCUCACGCCGGACUUGACUGUCCGGUGUUUGCGGUGUUCUGGGUCCGACGCGGCGUUUUUGCCGCCUUCUAUUGUCGAGGAGCUGAGUUUGGUGCCCGAGGGCGUGGAGGAACUCAAGAAACUGAGAUUUGUAGCUUUCGGUGGAGGAAACCUGUCCAAGCUCACGCCGUAUGCUCUGUACCACCAGCCCAAUCUGAAACUAUGGCAGUACUUUAUCCUCAACAGCGAGGUCAUGGGCGCCGACUGGCGAGUCCACGACUCCGAGAAUGGCAUCUAUGAGCUCUUCAUCCGCCGCAAGGAUCCCAAGGAGCCGCUUGAUCAGCCCCUGUUUUACACGUUCCCCGAACUCACAGAAUGGUCUACGGGUGACCUGUUCAAGGCUCACCCCACCCUCAAGGACCACUGGAUGUAUCACGGACGAGCGGACAACAUCAUUGUCUUUUCAAACGGCGAGAAGCUCAACCCCGUCACCGUCGAAGACGGCAUAGUCGGGCAUCCCUCCAUCAAAGGUGCCCUGGUCGUCGGGCAGGACAGGUUCCAGCCGGCGCUGAUACUGGAACCCACGACGCCGCCCAAGACUGACGACGAGGCGCACGCCUUGAUUGAGUCCGUCUGGCCGCUCAUAGAGGAACUGAACAAGGAGACCGUCGCCCACGGACGCAUAUCCAGACAACUCGUUGCGCUGUCCGACCCGGACGUCCCCUUUCCCCGGGCCUCCAAGGGGACAGUCCAGAGAACACUGGCAGUUCGCACAUACAGGCACAAAAUCGAAGAGAUUUACAAGCAGGCUGACGAGGCCUACGCGGCAGCCGCUCAGCCCCUUGACCUGACCAGCGUCGACAGCACGUUGCGCUCCGUGCUGGACCUUCUCACCGUCCGAAUGGGCGUCAGCAAGGUAGAGCCCGCUACCGACUUCUUCAGUGCGGGCAUCGACUCGCUGCAAGUCCUCAGCAUGUCAAAGUUCCUGAGGGCCGGCCUCGCAGCCGCGGGCGCGCAAGUUGACCAUGCCGUCGUCGCGCCGCGUGCGAUCUACGCCAACCCUACGCCGGAGCAGCUGGCAAAGUAUCUCUAUACUGCUAGGAGCGCAGAUGGCGCCGCAGAAAACACACGAGACGCCGAUGAAAUCUCCAUCCUGGAAGACCUGGUGUCCAAAUACACGGCAGAUCUACCUGCCCGCCGAGGCGACAAGCCGAGACCCCUGGAGGACGGACAGACGGUCAUCUUGACGGGCUCAACGGGAUCGCUCGGGGCGUAUUUGCUAGACAUGCUCUGCAAGUCGCCGCACGUCAAAACCGUCGUCGCCCUGAACCGCGGCGGAGACGGCGGCAGGUCCCGCCAACCCGACGUCAGCGCGGGUCGAGGUCUCGCCACCGACUUCUCCAAGGUGGACUUCCUCGGCGCGGACUUGUCCCAGCCUGACCUCGGGCUCGGGGCGGCCAAGUACAGCGACCUCGCCGCCGGCGCCGACCGCAUCAUCCACAACGCCUGGCCGGUCAACUUCAACAUGAGCGUGUCCUCCUUCGAGCCCUACAUCCGCGGCGUCAGAAACCUCGUCGACUUCUCGGCCGCGUCGUCGAGACAGGUCCCCGUCGUCUUCCUCUCCAGCAUCGGCACGAUUGCCAACUGGAGAUCCCGACAACUAGUGCCCGAACGGCGCCUCGGCGAUCUCUCCCUGCCCCAGAUGGGCUACGGCCUGUCCAAGCUCGCCGGCAGCCUCAUCCUGGACGCCGCGUCCGAGACGUCCGGCGUCCCCGGCGCCACCAUCCGCGUGGGCCAAAUCGCCGGCCCCCGCGGCGAAAAGGGCAAGUGGAAUCCGCAGGAGUUCCUCCCCAGCCUGAUCGCGAGUUCGGUCCACCUGGGCCUGCUCCCGAGGGAGCUCGGCCCCCAGAGCGUGGUGGACUGGGUGCCCAUCGAGGACGUGGCAGGACUCAUCCUCGACGUCAGCGGCGUCACGCAAACCAAGGACGUGUCGGAAAUCAGCGGCUACUUCCACUGCGUGAACCCCGAGACGGCAGACUGGGCCGACUUGGCCGCCGCCGUCAAGGACCUGUCUGGCGGGCGCAUCCGGGAGCUCGUCGACCUGGAGGACUGGGUGUCGGCGCUGGAGAAGAGCGCGUCCGACAAGGCAGACGUGGACAGGAACCCGGGCAUCAAGCUGCUGGACACGUACCAGGGAUUCGUGGCGGCCAAAAAGGCCGGGCGUGCGGACCACGUAUUUCUCGACAUGCGGCGGACGGUGAGGCACAGCAAGACCGCGGCCAGCCUGGGUCCCGUCACGACCGACCUGAUGCGGCACUGGUGUGCGCAGUGGAACUUUUAG